AUGGUCAAUAGCAGUAGGCCAUUUCACAAGACUCAAACACUGCACAAACAGCAGUAUGUGAUAUUAGCUGAUUACUUUAUGAACCCUUCUCUCAUUCUGUGCCUGUAUCUUCUCAUUCACUUCUUUAUUCCUUCCAAUCCAAGAUUAGCCAUUAUCUUAUGCUCCUGUUCUUCUCUCACCAUUUGUCUGUAUCUUCUCAUUCACUCCCUUAUUCCUUCCAAUCCAAGAUUAGCCAUUAUCUUAUGCCCCUGUUCUUCUCUCACCAUUUGCCUGUAUCUUCUCAUUCACUCCCUUAUUCCUUCCAAUCCAAGAUUAGCCAUUAUCUUAUGCUCCUGUUCUUCUCUCACCAUUUGCCUGUAUCUUCUCAUUCACUCCCUUAUUCCUUCCAAUCCAAGAUUAGCCAUUAUCUUAUGCCCCUGUUCUUCUCUCACCAUUUGUCUGUAUCUUCUCAUUCACUCCCUUAUUCCUUCCAAUCCAAGAUUAGCCAUUAUCUUAUGCCCCUGUUCUUCUCUCACCAUUUGCCUGUAUCUUCUCAUUCACUCCCUUAUUCCUUCCAAUCCCAAAUUAGCCAUUAUCUUAUGCCCCUGUUCUUCUCUCACCAUUUGCCUGUAUCUUCUCAUUCACUCCCUUAUUCCUUCCAAUCCAAAAUUAGCCAUUAUCUUAUGCACUUGUUCUUCUCUCACCAUUUGCCUGUAUCUUCUCAUUCACUUCCUUAUUCCUUCCAAUCCAAGAUUAGCCAUUAUCUUAUGCACCUGUUCUUCUCUUGCCAUUUGUCUGUAUCUUCUCAUUCACUCCCUUAUUCCUUCCAAUCGAAGAUUAGCCAUUAUCUUAUGCACCUGUUCUUCUCUCACCAUUUGCCUGUAUCUUCUCAUUCACUCCCUUAUUCCUUCCAAUCCAAAAUUAGCCAUUAUCUUAUGCCCCUGUUCUUCUCUCACCAUUUGUCUGUAUCUUCUCAUUCACUCCCUUAUUCCUUCCAAUCCAAAAUUAGCCAUUAUCUUAUGCCCCUGUUCUUCUCUCACCAUUUGCCUGUAUCUUCUCAUUCACUCCCUUAUUCCUUCCAAUCCAAGAUUAGCCAUUAUCUUAUGCCCCUGUUCUUCUCUCGCCAUUUGCCUGUAUCUUCUCAUUCACUCCCUUAUUCCUUCCAAUCCAAGAUUAGCCAUUAUCUUAUGCCCCUGUUCUUCUCUCACCAUUUGCCUGUAUCUUCUCAUUCACUCCCUUAUUCCUUCCAAUCCAAAAUUAGCCAUUAUCUUAUGCUCCUGUUCUUCUCUCACCAUUUGCCUGUAUCUUCUCAUUCACUUCCUUAUUCCUUCCAAUCCCAGAUUAGCCAUUAUCUUAUGCUCCUGUUCUUCUCUCACCAUUUGUCUGUAUCUUCUCAUUCACUCCCUUAUUCCUUCCAAUCCAAAAUUAGCCAUUAUCUUAUGCCCCUGUUCUUCUCUCACCAUUUGUCUGUAUCUUCUCAUUCACUCCCUUAUUCCUUCCAAUCCAAGAUUAGCCAUUAUCUUAUGCUCCUGUUCUUCUCUCGCCAUUUGCCUGUAUCUUCUCAUUCACUCCCUUAUUCCUUCCAAUCCAAGAUUAGCCAUUAUCUUAUGCCCCUGUUCUUCUCUCACCAUUUGCCUGUAUCUUCUCAUUCACUCCCUUAUUCCUUCCAAUCCAAAAUUAGCCAUUAUCUUAUGCACUUGUUCUUCUCUCACAAUUUGCCUGUAUCUUCUCAUUCACUUCCUUAUUCCUUCCAAUUCAAAAUUAGCCAUUAUCUUAUGCCCCUGUUCUUCUCUCACCAUUUGUCUGUAUCUUCUCAUUCACUCCCUUAUUCCUUCCAAUCCAAGAUUAGCCAUUAUCUUAUGCUCCUGUUCUUCUCUCGCCAUUUGCCUGUAUCUUCUCAUUCACUCCCUUAUUCCUUCCAAUCCAAGAUUAGCCAUUAUCUUAUGCCCCUGUUCUUCUCUCACCAUUUGCCUGUAUCUUCUCAUUCACUUCCUUAUUCCUUCCAAUCCAAGAUUAGCCAUUAUCUUAUGCUCCUGUUCUUCUCUCACCAUUUGCCUGUAUCUUCUCAUUCUUAUUCCUUCCAAUUUAGCCAUUAUCUUAUGCACUUGUUCUUCUCUCAUUCCUUCCAAUUCCUUCCAAUUCAAAAUUAGCCAUUAUCUUAUGCCCCUGUUCUUCUCUCACCAUUUGUCUGUAUCUUCUCAUUCACUCCCUUAUUCCUUCCAAUCCAAAAUUAGCCAUUAUCUUAUGCCCCUGUUCUUCUCUUUCUCACCAUUUGUCUGUAUCUUCUCAUUCACUCCCCAUUUGUCUUAUUCCUUCCAAUCCAAGAUUAGCCAUUAUCUUAUGCCCUGUUCUUCUCUCUCCAUUUGCCUGUAUCUUCUCAUUCAUUCCUUCCAAUCCAAGUUAGCUUAUCUUAUGCCCCUAUCUUCUCAUUUGCCUGUAUCUUCUCAUUCAUUCCUUAUUCCUUCCAAUCCAAGAUUAGCCAUUAUCUUAUGCUCCUGUUCUUCUCUCCAUUUGCCUGUAUCUUCUCAUUCACUCCCUUAUUCCUUCCAAUCCAAAAUUAGCCAUUAUCUUUUAUGCCCUGUUCUUCUCUCACACCAUUUGCCUGUAUCUUCUCAUUCACUUCCUUAUUCCUUCCAAUCCAAGAUUAGCCAUUAUCUUAUGCUCCUGUUCUUCUCUCACCAUUUGCCUGUAUCUUCUCAUUCACUCCCUUAUUCCUUCCAAUCCAAAAUUAGCCAUUAUCUUAUGCACUUGUUCUUCUCUCCCCAUUUGCCCUGUAUCUGUAUUUAUUCCUUCCAAUCCAAAAUUCCAUUAUCUUCCUUUCUUCUCUCAUUUGUCUGUAUCUUCUCAUUCACUCCCUUAUUCCUUCCAAUCCAAGAUUAG